UUGGCGUUUGAAGUACGUGAUUCGAUACUUCACGUAUUUACCAGAACUGGAAAGCUGACCGAAAGCGAAGAAUACCAGCAGUUCAUCGCGAAGGUGGAGGAAGAGGAGGCAUGGAUUACAGAAAAGCAGCAAGUGUUAUCGGUUGAAAACUUCGGUGACAGCAUGGCCGCCGUUCAAGGCUUGCUGAAAAAGCACGAUGCGUUCAACGUUGAUCUUACGGUUCAUCGUCAAAGGAUCGACGAAAUUGCCGCUUUGGGCAAUUCAUUAAUAAAAGUCAAGAAUCACCACUCUCUCAUCAUAAAGGACCGCAUCGAACAGUUGGAGGCUAAACUGGAAGCGUUGGACAAUUUGGCCAAAAAGAGACAUCAGAAUUUGUUGGACAGUUCUGCGUACUUGCAGUUCAUGUGGAAAUGCGACGUGGUUGAGAGCUGGAUCGGCGAAAAGGAGGCUUACGUUCAAUCAGACGAUUACGGUCGGGACCUCAGCAGCGUGCAGAUCCUGCUGACGAAGCAGGAGGCGUUCGACGCUGGACUGAACGCUUUCGAGCACGAGGGCAUACAACGCAUAACGGAACUGAAGGAUCAGCUAGUG